CCCCUCCUCUCUCCCUGGAUGACGCAGAUCCGGUGUGUGUUCAUGCUGCUCAGCUGCUGUCUGUGGAGAGCAGCAUCCUCCACCAGCACAACCACUACCACAGCAGCAGCAGCAGCAGCAACAGCCCCGACCGAUGAUGGAGACGGAAACGCGAAUAGAACUGCAGUAGAGAUCCGCUGCAGCUACACCUGCCGUGGAUGAUUUUCCCGAUGGGUUGUGGAGGGAGUCGGGCGGACGCGAUCAUCGAGCCGAGGUAUCAUGAAAGCUGGACCAGGGAAACGGAAUCGACGUGGCUCACCAACACGGACGUAGAAACCCCUCUGCCAGUAGCGAACAGUAAAGCUCUGGAGGCCAGUCUAAGAGAGAAGAGGAUGGUGAACACAGGCACCCAGUGUGGGAAGCAGGCCCUCACCACCAACUGCUCCAACCACCAGAGGAGACCCAGACGCUCCUUGAGUGAUCAAUCCACUCGUGACUCCAAAAGGAGGGCAUCAAAGGAGGCCAAUGCUCUGUCUAAGGAUGGGCAGUCCGUCAGCAUCAACAGCAGUGGAGACGCUGAACCUGGCAACGCGUGUGAUGAAAGAUGAAGAAAAGCUGAGACGCCGCGGAGAGGAAGAUGGCCGGAGCUGUGAGGCUGAAGAUGGGACGUCAAUUUACAGAAGUGAGCGGAUGAUGUUUGUCGGCGACUUUGCAAGAUCUUGCCUGUUGAUCUCAGCGAUUUACAACAUAAGCACCUGCAUACGUCUCCAUCCAAAGACCCCGGGGGAUGCUGCAUCUUUGUCGUGCCAUUGCAAAAUGCAUGUGUGAAGCAGAGAGUAGGCCGCAAACAUACUCUCCACCGUGCUUUCCUGCCAUGCUUAUGGUGCAGCCGGUCAGCGAACGUGUCACUGUGUUGAGCUGAUUUUAAGAAAAAUGAGAACAGACCAUCUCAUAUGCACAUGAUAAUCACAAUCUGCACAUCAAAUGUUUUCUUUGUGGGGGGCCUUCCUAAAAGAAUUUGCUUCAGUUCUUUGUGCAAGUGUAUUCCUUUUGUCGUGAAUGAAAAACAAUAGCGUGGGAACUGAUGAUGAUGAUGAUGCUGUAAAUGAUUUUCAUUUAGAAGAACCUGAAGUGCUGUUCAGAUGCUGCGAUUUGGAGGUUUGAAGCUUGAAGGCUGCACACUGUCUUUUCCAGCCUUUGCAAGAUAAAGAAACAAACACACCCGCAUGUGCCUACAGUUCAUUUAGAUUUGAACUUCUCCUUGAGAGUUUAUUUUUUAACUUGGUUCGGUAUUGUGUUUUCCAGUUCUCUUACAUCUUCUUUUAUGCUGUAUUAUUUAACACUAUAUUAUUUAGCACAGUGUAUUGUAACAAUGUGUCAUUUGUGUAGCUUACUCUGAUCUGCAUGUAUAAAUCAAUCACAAAUUGAUUCUGCCCACACGUAAUCAAAAAUAAGCUGUUUGAAAUAAAGCAUUUUGCAUAUCAUGCACCAAAAAGUACAUCAUCAGGAUAAUGGUAUUUAGAGCCAGCAGAUGGCACUGUUGGCCAGCUGGGGUCUUGCUAAUUGAAGACGCCCAGGAGGAUUCCCUCUGACAACAACAACCACUUAAAGAAAACUAUUGAUUUAAUAGAUGAUGUUCAGUUCAGCUGUGCCAGAGAGUAAUUCAAAGUCAAUCUGUUGGUUGUGUCUUGUCAGUCUGAUCUAAUAUUUGAUGUUUGUGAUGAGUGUUUGUGAUGAGUGUUUGGCAAGAGUUUUUGAUGAUUCACUGAGAUGAUAAUGAUGAAAUGUGUACAGGCCAACUUUAAAAUUCAACAAACACGA